GCACCCGUUCGCCCUCCCCCACUGAAUGUUGCCACAUGACCCCAUGGAGUAGAAAGUCCCAUCCCCCGGAGGACGAAGAUACAGAUGUCAUGUUAGGGCAGAGGCCGAAAAACCCAGUGCAUAAUAUCCCCUCGACACUGGACAAGCAGACCAACUGGAGCAAGGCGCUACCUCUCCCGACGCCAGAGGAGAAGAUGAAACAAGAUGCCCAAGUGAUUUCUUCCUGCAUUAUUCCCAUCAAUGUCACCGGAGUCGGCUUUGACCGAGAGGCUAGUAUUCGCUGCUCUCUUGUUCACUCACAAUCCGUACUACAGCGGAGGCGAAAACUGAGGAGGCGGAAAACCAUCUCGGGUAUCCCCAGGAGAGUCCAACAAGAAAUAGAUUCUGACGAAUCGCCCGUGGCCAGGGAAAGGAACGUGAUCGUGCACACCAAUCCAGACCCUUCCAACACCAUCAACAGGCGGUCUGGAACCAGGGACUCGGAGUGCCAAACCGAGGAUAUUCUGAUCGCGGCGCCAUCCAGGAGGAGAAUCAGAGCUCAAAGAGGUCAAAGCAUUGCAGCUUCCCUUUCUCAUUCGGCUGGCAACAUUUCUGCCCUGGCAGACAAAGGCGACACCAUGUUUCCCCCCGCGGUGAGCAGCCGCACGAGAUCUCGGAGCCUUCCCAGGGAGGGCAACAGAGGCGGGGACGCGGAGCCUAAAGCUGGUGCUAAAUCCUCAGCAUAUGAAGAGGGGGAGCCUUUCGUGGGAGACCAAGAAAGGACCCUUAACAGCUGCAGCGAGGCCCCCAGCAGCCCGAGUGCGGCGGAACACCAGCCUGCUCUGGGCCUGGCCUGCACUCAGCAUCUUCACAGCCCCCAGCACAAGCUAAGUGAGAGAGGGCGGUCACGCCUGGCCCGCAUGGCUGCAGACUCUGGCAGCUGUGACAUCUCCUCCAACUCGGACACCUUCGGGAGCCCCAUCCACUGCAUCUCCACGGCUGGCGUCCUCCUCAGCAGCCACAUGGACCAGAAAGAUGACCACCAGUCCUCCAGUGGCAACUGGAGUGGCAGCAGCUCCACGUGCCCGUCGCAGACCUCAGAGACCAUCCCUCCCGCAGCUUCUCCGCCCCUCACUGGCUCUUCGCACUGUGACUCGGAGUUGUCGCUCAACACAGCCCCUCAUGCCAAUGAGGACGCCAGUGUCUUCGUGACAGAGCCGUACAACGACCCCCUGGAGAGAGCGACAGGCCACCGGGCGAACUCCUUCAGCUCCACCGUGGCAGACCUGCUGGACGACCCCAACAACAGCACCGCCAGCGACAGCGAGUGGAACUACCUGCACCACCGCCACGACGCCUCCUGCCGCCAGGAUCUGAGUCCUGAGCGCCCCAAGGCGGACAGCCUGGGCUGCCCGAGCUUCACGAGCAUGGCCACGUACGACAGCUUCCUGGAAAAGUCUCCCUCGGACAAGGCAGACACCAGCUCUCACUUUUCGGUGGACACAGAAGGCUACUACACGUCCAUGCACUUCGACUGCGGACUUAAAGGCACUAAGAGUUACGUGUGUCACUACGCAGCCCUGGGCCCAGACAACGGCCAGGGUGUCGGGGCUCCUCCUCCUCUUCCGGACUGUGCCUGGCAGGACUACUUAGACCACAGGAGGCAGGGGAGACCGAGCAUCUCUUUCAGGAAACCAAAGGCAAAGCCGACCCCACCUAAACGGAGCUCAUCGUUGAGGAAGUCCGACGGAAACGCAGACCCUUCCGAGAAGAAAGAACCAAAGAUAAGCGGUGGCCAGCUCCCGCCUCACAGCUCCAGGGAAAUGAAGCUGCCUCUUGACUUCUCCAACACGCCUUCGCGAAUGGAAAGUGCCAAUCUUCCCACCAAGAAGGAACCUUCUUGGCUGAACCAGACUGACCACGGCAUCACGGAACCUCCGUUAGACACUUCGGAGGCUGCGGCGUUCAAAGACGAAGGUGCUGAGUCCGCUCACUAUGCAGACCUCUGGCUUCUCAACGACUUGAAAACAAAUGACCCUUACAGAUCUUUAUCUAACUCAAGCACUGCUACGGGUACGACAGUCAUCGAAUGCAUCAAGUCUCCAGAGAGCUCCGAAUCCCAAACCUCCCAGUCCGAAUCGAGAGCCACCACCCCGUCCCUUCCUUCCGUGGACAGUGAGUUUAAACUGGCUUCCCCAGAAAAGCUGGCUGGCCUGGCCUCUCCAUCAAGUGGCUACUCCAGCCAGUCUGAGACACCAACAUCCUCUUUCCCUACGGCUUUCUUUUCCGGUCCGCUGUCUCCUGGAGGGAGCAAAAGAAAACCGAAAGUCCCAGAAAGGAAAUCCUCGCUACAACAACCCUCUCUAAAAGAGGGAGCGCUGUCACUGAGUAAAGAUCUUGAACUUCCAAUUAUACCUCCUACCCAUCUUGACCUAAGUGCUCUUCAUAAUGUCUUGAAUAAACCAUUCCACCACCGCCACCCACUGCAUGUUUUUAGUCAUAAUAAGCCGAAUGCAAUAGGAGAAACCCUGAGGUCCCAUCCUCCCCCGUCUCUUGCAAUUACACCGACAGUGCUGAAAUCUGUUAGCCUUAGGUCCAUCGGGAAGUCAGAAGAAGUGAAGCAGAAAGAAGGCAACAAUGCAGAGCUUCCCUACUUAGAGGAAAGCACUCUCACAACGGCUGCCCUGUCUCCAGGUAAGAUGAGGCCACACAUGCCUAAGAAAUCACUGUCGCGCCAGUACCCCACUGAAGACACCAUACUGUCCUUUUUCGACUCCCCUGCAGUGGAGAUGGGACCAGACCAACUACAGCUGGAAAAAAAACAUACUUUUGAUGUGAAGAACCAUUGUGACCCGGAAGCAGUAACCUCAGCUGGCACCAGCCUUCUAGAUUCCAGGGUCACAAAAGACCAAGCACAUGUGCAGAGCGAGCCUACUCCAGAAAACACACCGCGGAAAACCUGUGACUUCCCCACAGAAGCAUUUCAGAGGGUCUCUGCUGCUCGCCCCAGUGAUGCAGAGGGUAAAGCAGGACCAUUCGGAGAGGGUCCAGACGGAGCCCUAGCACAGGUCCAGAAGCCAUCUUCCGGAGAUCAGGAGGAAGCUGCACACCCCGAGUCUGCGGAUGUGCUCACACCUCAGUCGGACUCACCGACCAGAGGCACAGACCUAAGCAGUCAACUCAAGCUUCAACUUGGGAUGAGCCGCCACCACGACAAAGUGCCUGGGAAUAUUAGCUACGAAGCAGAGACAUCAACUGUAAAUCCACGCCCGGAAAAGUGUUCGGAGCAGGAAAAUAUCGCUUCAGGUAUUGCAGCCAAAAGUGCCUCUGAUAACAGCGGAGCAGAGGAGACCCAAGGAAGCACGGAAGAGGUUUUGCUGAAAGAAUCGUCCCUGAGUGAUGACUCUUUGAUUUCACCACUGAGUGAGGACUCUCAGGCUGAAGCGGAAAGUGUGUUCGUGUCUCCAAACAAACCUCGAACAACUGAGGAUUUAUUUGCGGUCAUUCACAGGUCCAAGAGGAAAGUACUUGGAAGAAAGGAUUCUGGGGACAUGUCUGUUCGAAGUAAAUCGAGAGCUUCCCUGGGCAGCAGUGGCGGCAACAGCGCUGCUCCUGCCGCUUCGCCCAACAGCAGUGGGACCCCCGCCAACAGCCAGAGGUCUCCCGGCCUCAUCUACCGAAACGCCAAAAAGUCCAACACGUCGAAUGAAGAGUUUAAGCUCUUGCUCCUCAAGAAGGGCAGCCGCUCCGAUUCCAGCUACCGCAUGUCGGCUACGGAGAUCCUCAAGAGCCCCGUCCUGCCCAAGCCUCCCGGGGAGCUCCCCGCCGAGUCCCCCCAAAGCCCCCAGGAGGCCCAUCAGGGCGCCCCCGCAGCGGAAGCCCUGUCCCCGCUCUCUCCAGGCGCCCCCCGCCUUAACGCCGAAGGGUUUUCCUCCAAGACCUUCGCCACCCCCGCCUCGGCCCGCGUUGGCCGCUCCCGGGCGCCCCCAGCGGCCAGCAGCAGCCGCUACAGCGUCCGCUGCCGGCUCUACAACGCGCCCAUGCAGGCCAUCUCCGAGGGCGAGACGGAGAACUCCGACGGGAGCCCGCACGACGACCGGUCCUCCCAGAGCUCAAGCUAGGCGGCGUGGCGCAGGCGGGCCGGCCGAGGCCACAGCUGGGUGGUUCGAGGAGGGGGAAGCGGAGCAGAAGCCUGGGGGGGGGGGCG